AUGGCGAAGCGGAAAGAGUUAAGUGCUGGUGCUGUGCAAAAUGCAGCGUGGUCUCUGAACGGCCCAGUUUUCACAGGUGAGGAGCCCCCUUCAUGUGAGCAGAACUUGAAGUGCAUGGGGGAAGUGAAACAAAAUGCCUCAUUAAUUCUGGGUGUGGAUGCUUGCAGAGUAGUGACUCUCAGUAAGCCCUAUGAAAAUGCCAUCGAGAGCCUGUGGAGGGAUGCUGGCAUCAGGACGUGUUACGAGAGACGAUGGGAAUAUCACUUGCUGGAUUUGGCUUACUUUUUUCUGUCCGAUCUAGAGCGGAUGGCUGAGGACUCUUUCAUUCCAGCUCAGGAUGUGCUGCGGAGCCGAAAGUCUACAACUGGCAUCAAUGAAUACUGCUUCUCAGUGCAGAAUGUGACCUUAAGGAUUGUGGAUGUGAGGGGACAGAAAUUGGAGCGGAAGAAAUGGAUCCACUGUUUUGAGAAUGUGAUUGCUCUCAUCUAUCUGGCUUCCCUCAGCAAACAUGACCAGUGCCUGGAAGAGAACAGCAAGGAGAAUCUGAUGAAGGAGAGCCUGGCUCUGUUCAGACCUAUCCUGAGCUUCUGGUUCCAGCACACAUUGGUGAUCCUCUUCCUGAACAAAACAGACCUCCUGGAGGACAAGAUCACUGCCUCAGACCUGGACAAGUACUUUCCCUCCUUCCAUGGGCCCAAGCAAGAUGCAGAAGCAGCCAAGCAGUUUAUCCUGGACGUGUAUGUGGACACCUACAGGAAAUGCUCAGCUCUCAACAGCAGCACCAGGUCGGGACUCCUUCAAACCAUCCCUAUGUCCAGGUGCCUUUACUGCCACUACACAUGCACUACUGACACACACAACAUCCACAAGGUCUUCAGAGAUGUGAUAUUGGUUGCCUACUGGGAAGAUGUCGAUCUUCUGUGA